GGAGGGAGUCAGGUGCUGGCCAGCAGAGGUCACACGUCCAGGGAGGAAUCAACAUGGCCGACUUUGCCCGGACUGUACUGAUCUCAGGCUGCUCGUCAGGAAUUGGCCUGGAGCUCGCAGUGCAGCUGGCUCAUGACUCCAGGCAGCGCUACCAAGUGGUGGCCACCAUGAGAGAUCUGGGGAAGAAGGGGAUGCUGGAGGCAGCUGCUGGGGAAGCUCUGGGUCAGACCCUCACCGUGGCCCAGCUGGAUGUGUGCAGCGACGAGUCAGUGGCCCAAUGUCUCAGCUGUAUCCGGGGAGGGGAAGUGGACGUGUUGGUGAAUAAUGCUGGAGUGGGCCUGGUGGGGCCCCUGGAGGGGCUCGACCUAGCUACCAUGCAGAACGUCUUUGAUACCAACUUUUUCGGAGCCAUUCGUCUGGUCAAAGCUGUGCUUCCUGGCAUGAAGAGAAGGCGACAGGGCCACAUUGUGGUGGUCAGCAGUGUCAUGGGGCUGCAGGGUGUCGUGUUCAAUGACAUCUAUGCAGCCUCUAAAUUUGCCCUGGAAGGAUUCUUCGAGAGUCUGGCCAUCCAGCUGCUCCAGUUCAAUAUCUUCAUCUCCCUGGUGGAACCAGGCCCGGUGGCCACCGAAUUUGAAGGAAAACUCCUGGAGCGGGUUUCCACGGCCGAGUUUCCAGGCACUGACCCUGACACCCUGCGCUACUUCCAGGAUCUCUACCUCCCAGCUUCCAGGGAGCUCUUUCACUCCGUGGGGCAGAGCCCACAAGAUGUAGCCCAGGUUAUUGUCAAGGUCAUCAGCUCGGCCAGACCACCACUGCGCCUGCAGACAAACACCCGCUACUCUCCGCUGACUGCGCUCAAAGCCGCUGACCCCUCCGGCAGCCUGUACGUGCGAAUCUCUCACCGGCUGCUCUUCCGCUGGCCACGCCUCCUCAACCUUGGCCUCCGAUGCCUGGCCUGCUGCAGCCUCCACACUCGGGUGUGGCCCCGGUGA